GGUGUCCGCUGCGGCUGGUAUUGCCUGGUAUUGCGAUGACACGAUUCGCAUCGGAGCAUUGUUUCACACAUCACCACUUUGAGAACUUGUGGCUGUGUCGGCGCGUAACAUACAUAAAUUUCAGCUGAACGUCGCCAUAGAAAAUGGAGCUUCUGUUCACUGUGUUUCAUCCUCGAGCUUCAUCUUAAGUUGCCUGUGUUUCUGUCGUGGUGCCGGCUCCCGUUUGGCAACAGCACGUGGCAAUGGGUGUUCACGGCCUAUGGCAGGUGCUAGAACCUGCGGGGAAGCCGAUCGCCCUCGAAACGCUUGAGAACAAAGUUCUCGCCGUCGACGUCAGCUUGUGGCUUCAUCAGGCCGUCAAAGGCUUCCGCGAUGCCCAAGGCAGCCCCUUGGCCAACGCUCACCUGUUGGGUUUACUUCAACGAGUCUGCAAGCUUCUCUUUUAUGGAGUCAAGCCCGUCUUCGUCUUCGAUGGAGGCGUGCCACAGCUCAAGAAACAGACUCUGGCUGCUCGUCAAGAAAGGCGUACUUCUGCACAAGAAAGUGCCCAACGUAAGGCACGAUUACUGCUUCUAAAGGCCCGGCAUAGAGGCUCAAAACGACCAGCCCCCAAGGCACCUGUGGAUGACUUGUAUGUUCUGCCACCUCUGCCAGAACACUGGAACAAAUUGUACAAAGUGGAGAAUGACGAUGAAGGCUGGCACUCCGGACAUGCUCUCUGGGAGUUGUCCUCACUUGACUGCGACUCAGAAGAAUUUGCAGCCCUGCCAGCAGAGAUGCGUCACCGUGCGUUGAUUGCCAUGCAGCAUCACCAUCGUUGGGGCCGUCCCAGGAAGGCACCUGAGAAAUCGGAGGAUUUCUCUGCCUACCAGCUGCAGGGCCUCUUGCGCAAGCGCACUCUGCAGCAGCGUACUGAGGAGGCUCGUCGUGAGAUGAGGCCCGAGCCGUUAUUAUGGGGCGAAGAGGCCCACGUGAGUCGGGUUGCCUCUCUGGCCAACACUCACCAGGUCAUUCUGAACACCAGCCCCACCAAACAUAUCCUGCAACCAGAAAGUGAGGAAGGUGAUGCAAAAGAAGGUGCAAUAAAGGACUGGAAGACAGCCAGCCCACAAGUAGAAGAGCACAGUGCUGGUUCAAGCCAGGCUGUUAACAAAAGCCCAUCUUUAUCAGCUCAAGACCCCGCUGUUUUAAAGUGGCUGUCUGAAGAGUGCUCUCCAAACAAGGCUAUGCAAGAGAGUUCUGCAACAGACAAAAAUUUUACAUGCACCCAGACUAGUGAAGCACACUCUAGAACUAUCCGGUCUCAUUUUAGGAGGGUGGUGGACUUGACAGAUGAACCAGACGAGUCAGAAAACAGGGACAGUAGUCAAAAGGCUCACCUUGCAAGUUACGCAAAUCAGGCUAGUGAUUGUGCUCAGCCAAAUGCAGUGGACACUCCAGCGGCAGGCGACAGAACAUGCAGGCUACCUGACAGGAGUGAAGACGGCGCAAGCAUUGGUUCAGCACUGCCGUCAUUGGCCCAAGAUUCGCCAGCUCCCGCAAUGUCUGCAGCUAAGGGUGAAGGCCCUGUGGUAGCAUCUAUGGAGCCAUCAGGAGUACCAGGUGAUGAGGACAAAAGUGAGAGCAAGCGAGAACGCUCAGCUGAACAAGAAGAUAAUGGUUCUGCCUCAAAUUGGUUGGAGAGCAAGCAAGAACUCUUAGCUGAACAAGAAGAUAAUAAUUCUGCCUCAAAUUUGUUGGAAACACAGGAUGAGAAAAUGAGCUCUUCCAAUAUCGCAAGGAAGUCUAAGGCAUUGGAAGAGGCUAGUGACAUUGUGCUCUCAGAAGAGGACGAGGAAGAAAAAGAUGAAGAACUUCUAGCAGCUAUUCAAGCCUCCUUGUCCGAGCAGCAAGAAAAGCACACCGGUGAACAACCUACAGGUAGUGGUGGUGGCAGUAGCAGCAGCAGCUUCUGGAAGCCUCCUAGAACUGAAGAAGAGAAACGUGAGCUGCACAUGAGGGAACAGGAGCUGGAACAGGAAGCUGCCCGUCAGCAACGCCAUGCUGCCAGCCUCAAUGACCUGCUUGUGAAGGAGUGUCAGGAGCUUCUUGCACUGCUGGGCCAGCCGUACGUGGUGAGCCCUGGGGAGGCAGAAGCCCAGUGCGCGUGGCUGGAGCAGCAUGGGCUCAGUCAUGGGGUCGUGACGGAUGACAGUGAUGCCUGGCUGUUUGGGGCCCAAUGCGUUUACCGGCACCUGUUCCGCCCUGAUCGGCGUCCCACGCGCUUUCAGAUGAGAGAUCUUUCCUCACAGUUUGGCCUUGACCGUCAGAAGCUGGUGGCCUUUGCUCUGCUGUGUGGUAGCGACUACACUACGGGUGUUAAUGGUGUGGGCCCUGUAACGGCCAUGGAGGUGCUCAGCGAGUUUAAAGGAGAUGAUGCCAUUUCACUCCUAGAGGAGUUUCGCACUUGGCUUAAUAAGGCCAAGGAAGAAAAAGUCCAGCCAGGCAGCAAGACACGAUCACACCUGGUGCGCCUCUCUCUGGAGCCUGGCUUCCCCAGCAGUCGGGUGGCGCAAGCAUACCUUGAGCCCACCGUGGAUGACUCACGCGAGACCUUUUCCUGGGGCACGCCGGACCUGGAUGCUUUGCGAACGUAUGCAAACCAGAAACUUGGCUGGAGCCGGGAAAAGCUGGAUGACCUCUUACUGCCAGUGCUGAAGCGGAUGGGUGCAAAGCAAAAGCAGACUCGUAUGGACCAAUACCUGGAGGCUUGCCAGGCACCACCCAAACCCAAGCUGUUCCCGAGCAAACGGCUUACUAAGGCCAUGGGCAAGCUGGCACCAGUGAAAAGGGCAAAGAUCGAAGGGCCACAGCUUUCCGAGGAUAGCGAUUCAAGCUAACAGGAACAGAAAGGAUACAUUCAUGUUCGAGCAAGACAAUGGUGCAACAUUGAAUGGUGCACAGGGAAUUCAACAUGCCUCCUACAUUACUAAAACUGAAAGAACAGCUCAGUACAUUUUCAUCUGACGCUGUAGUCGCAUACCAUUUGCUUUGUGCGGGAUAAGUAUUUAAAGGCAGUGCAGUGGAACUAAUGAACUUUUUGGCAGCGCAAUGUUCACAGGAGUAUAUACACCAGUAAAUUGUUUCUAACUAGUUAACUUAAUUUGUCAAUUAAUGCUUCAUUACGUUAGGGCACACAUUGCAGUUACAGAAUACAAGCCAAUGAGUCCUCAAGGCAUGUGUACAAUUACUGGGAAUCCUGAAACCAACUCUGGUUUCAAGAUAUUUCUCUUAAAGCUAACAAAGAGAUGCCAUUGGCAUUUCAGUUUGUAUUUUGCCCAAAUGGUAUCCAUCACACAUUGUGGGAAAAAGUAGAGCACUGAUGCAUUUUGUGUAGAGUUUGAGGACAAGUUGAUGUGUUCUCAGCAGACAGGCUUCAAUUCUGCAAAACUGAAAGUUAAGAAAGUCUGCAGUUGUUCAUUACUAGAUUGCAAUCACAUAUCACAGUCAAGUUAACAAACCAGUGCUGGCUCACAACUCAGUUUGUCUUUGGAAAACAUGGUACAUAUAGAUGCCAGCUAACUACCAUGUUUAAUUAUGUAACUGCAGCAUGUGCCCUAAGGUGAGCAUAUCAUGUUUAAUUACUGAAUAGGUGAAUAUCUCAUUUACUGAAAGUAAGCUCUUGCAAAAAUAAUAAUAAAUUAGUUUCAGAAUACAUUA